CAUAUAUCGUACAUAUUCAUUAUUCUUUCUUUCGUACGUGCAGCGACAACAGCCUUGCAUUUGUGACCAGCCAUCCGACUAACUGACGGACUGUCCGUAGAUAGUCGAGUAUAUUCAACACCUCUCUACGACCCUACAAGGCUACACCAUCUCCGAUGGACAGUCCCGAUACGCACCUCUUCGUUGAGGACAAGAAUCCGUUUCGUGCGCGGAUGGCACUGGCCGACUCGUCGCUUCAACCGCCGCUCCAGCGUCAACGGUCCAGCUCGUCGCCCUCUUCAUCCAUCGAGCACACUCGCAACGAGUUCCGCGAUAACUUGAAGCAACAGCAGACCGUCCAGCGCAGAAAGUCACAUCGGCACAGCAGUCGCCCGCACCCACGCAAGAACCGGGUGCUGCCGGAUGUGAUUGAUCAGCUAGACAAUGUCAAUUUUAUGCAGUAUCAUCACGAAGGGCCGUAUGAUGCGGUGUAUCCGGAACGCAAUGUGUAUAGUAAACGGAGUCCACUAGAAGCAGUCAGAGAUUCAAACGAGGAGACUCUUCGAGCUACGCCUAUGUAUAAGAUUAUCGACAGCGUGUAUCGACAUCGGCCACUGGAUGGAGUUGCAUAUUACCCGCCGGGCGUGACAGAUGAGAUGGGACACACGUACAUGUACACCGAGGGCGAUAAUAUGAUGACCGAAACGCAUGGUAGAUUUCCAAGGGCUCCUGGAGCGAAGUUCACCGAAGAAGACUUCAAGAAUGACCCAUUUUACCAGAACGACAAUCAACGCCCACCACGACGCAUGGGAAGUCUGCGCAAAGCAUUGUCAACUUUAAAGACACGCUCCGGGAAGAACACUGCCUAGAGACCAGUUCGCUGUACUUUUAUCGUUAGAUUGGUUUAUAGACGGAAAUGAUGUAUAUGAUUAUUGCUUGUCGUUUGGUUGGGAGUGCAGUGUAAUAUCCUCCAGCCUAACGUAUUGUACUUUCUCGAUUGAAAUAGUGCUAGUAGUUAGUGCGUACGAAGUAAAUCCAACGUUAACUCAAAACCUCAAACUUCA